AUGGGUGCUGUUUGCUGUAGUCAAAGUUCACUCGAUCUUGAUGGUGAAGUCGAUCUGUCACAUUUCACGCUAUUGCGAUCCGUGGGCAAGGGCGCCUUUGGCAAAGUUCGAGUUGUCCAGCACAAACGUACCAAAAAGCUAUAUGCACUCAAGUAUAUCAACAAGACCAAGUGUAUCCAGAUGCGAGCUGUCGAGAAUAUCAUUUGUGAACGACGUAUCCUUGAACAAGUGUCACAUGAUUUGAUUGUCAACCUUCGUUAUGCAUUCCAAGAUGAUGACAACUUGUUUAUGGUGUUGGAUCUGAUGCUUGGCGGUGAUUUGCGAUUCCAUCUUGAUCGAUUGGGCGUGAUGCCAGAAGCCUAUGUUCAGUUUUAUGCUGCUGAAGUUGCAUUGGGUUUACGCCAUUUACAUAGCCAUAAAGUGGUGCACAGAGAUAUCAAACCAGACAACAUCUUAUUGAAUGAACUUGGCCAUGCACACUUGACGGAUUUCAAUAUUGCUGUUCAGUUCUCAGAGUCCAAACCUUUAACAUCCGUGGCGGGAUCAAUGGCAUACAUGGCACCUGAAGUGUUGGCAAAGCGAGGAUAUCAUGCAUCAGUGGAUUGGUGGUCCCUUGGCGUGGUGUGUUUCGAGUUGAUGUUUGGCAAGCGACCAUUUCGUGGAAAAACAAAUGAUGCAUUACAACACGCUAUCAUGCAUGAACCAGUGAUUUUCCCUGAGAAUGCGCGUGUCUCGCCUGAAGCCAUUGACUUUGUAAAGGGGUUACUUACACGCGAUGUCAAUCGUCGACUUGGGGUCAAGGAACGUGGUUUUCGAGAUUUGAUGAAUCAUGCUUGGUUUAGAAACAUCCAAUGGGAUCUUCUUGCCAAUAAGCAAUGUACACCACCAUUUAUACCCGAUAGCAAACGUGCCAACUUUGAUCCAACCCAUGAAUUGGAAGAGAUUCUAUUGGAAGAUAAUCCUUUGAUCGUACGCAAGCGUAAUCCCAAAAAGAGUGCCGCAUCCCACGCCCAUACAUCGCAACGUAGCCAGUCUGUGCAUAAUGAAGGUGUUGAUCAGUCACCAGAACGGCAAAUGAUGGAAGACAAGUUUUUGAUAUUCGAUUACACGAAGCCUGAGGAAAAUGCCAUGCGACGAAGGGAGUUGGAACAGCGACGAUGGGCACAAAAGAUGACCAAGACGCAUCCAGGAGAGAAGCCUGGUCGCUAUUCCAAUGGUAGCACAGGUACCAAUACAACGGCAGGUGCAGGUGUAGGUGCAGCAACAGGAACAGGAACAGCAGCAGCAGCUGUGGGGAUUGCCAUUGGUGGAGGUGAAUCCGUACAUCAACAACAAAUUCAAUCACACACCAAAGCUGCAGGAACCUAUCAUGCAAGUGUACUUGAUUAUGUCAGCCAAAAACCAGCAACACCACUUUCAACGAAUGAUUUGGUCAAAAUGGAAGAAUUGGCAAAGAUGGCAAGAGCAGGUGUUGGUAAAGAACACAAUACGGAUUGGCGACCUCCAUCAGGAUUAUUACCACCCUUGGAUUAUCAAGAACAACAGCACCAACAGCACCAACAACAACAGAAACAACGUCGACAAGAUUAUCGUGUUCAGCAACAACAACAGGCAUAUCAAAUGGAGAAUAUGAUGCCGUAUGAUCGACGUCGUUCUUCUUCAGAUGAGAGUUAUCCAGUGUCAACAUCUCCAGAAAACAGUGAACGACCUCUUAUGGGUACCGCAUCUUCAUCCUUAGUAUCCUUGGAUCAACAACAACAACAACAACGAUCACCUCCUCCUCCACCACCUCCUCCACCACCUCCUCCACCCUCCACCGAUUAUAUACAUCGAUCAGUACCACUACCUCCACCUCCACCCCCGAACGGUCCACCACCUCCUCCUCCUCCGCCAUCCCAUCCUGUACCAAGACAUCCUGUUUCAAUGCGCCACCACCAACACCAUCACAAUAAUAGUAAUCAUCCUAUAGACUUGCCACCACCAGCUCUUCCUCCACCGACAUCUUUACCUCCACCUGUACCUAGUGCACUUCCUCCUUUACCAAGGAAACCUCCCAUGGGAACAUACGCUAGUCGUCGCGUACCACCACCACCCACACCAUUUUAA